AUGGUCACUGCAUGUGAGAUCGUGGAGUCUCUGAAGAGAAUGUUCGGACAACCGUCCGCACAACUUAGGCACGAUGCUCUCAAGUACAUCUUCAAUUCCUGUUCAUCCUCAGGAACUAAGACUGUACGUUCUUCCUUUGGCACCAAAAAGUGUAAGAAGAAGAAUAGUGGAAAGGGGAAGGCUGCUGCUAACCCAGGAGUUGUUGCUCCAAGAGAUUUUUUACACAAUCAAAUACAAGGAGAUACAAGAAAAAUCGUUGGCACUUAUGGAUACAUGGCUCUUGAAUAUGUCCAUAAGAGUCAUUUCUUAAUCAAGUCGGAUGUCUUUAGUUUUGGUGUUUUUGUUUUGGAGAUUGUGACUGGACUUAAAAGUGAUCAAGUUCAUCCUGACAACGAGAUUGUAGGUUUUGCUUGGAGAAAUUGGCAGAAUGGAAACACUCUACAUAUCACAGAUUCUACUUUGACUAGAGGUUCAAAGAAAGAAAUGGUAAGAUGCAUUCAUAUUGGGUUGCUAUGUGUUCAAAAAAAUGUAGCUAAGAGGCCAACCAUGGUUACCAUACUUUUCAUACUUAACAGCUACUCUAUCACUCUACCAAGACCUUCUCAACCUGCUUUCAUUUUUAGUAGCACCAAUUCUCAAAUGUCUGAACAAUCUAACCACAACUUGACUCAAGAACUAAAUAACAUGUCAAUUACAGACCUUUAUCCUUGUUAG